AUGGACUUGCUGUCUUACAAUGUCCAUUUUCUGCAAGCCUUUUUGGUGGAGUGUAAGGCGAAAAUGAAUGACGGGGACAUGAUGGCUUGGUUACAGUAUAAACAUGUCCAUGAUCAAGUUGAUCGCUGGGAAGGGAAUGCUGCAGUUAAGCCUUGUGAAGAUGUUCAUCAUUGCUUGAAAAGAACAGUAAGAGACAUUGAGCAAGUUAAAGAUCAGAUACUCCUUAACGAAAAAAGAAGAGUUGCUUUAGAGACUGAGGAACAGAGCAUCACAUUUUGUGAUACCUACCAAAAUGCUUUAAAGACUAAGAAUGAAGUGAUUGUAGGAUUCGACAUUGCUAUAGUGAAGAUAGUUAACCGGCUCUGUUAUUCAUACUUCAUGGGAUUGGUUUUAACCAUUUUGAAGAAUAGUAACAUUGACAUGUUUCGGAAAUAUGUGCUAAAACUACAAGUUAUGCCACUCGUUGGGGAAGGAGGCAUUGGAAAAACUACAUUAGCCAAAAGAGUCUAUGGACAUCGAAUUACUAUUGCUAACUUUCACAUUCGAGCAUGGAUAGUUGUGUCUAAAUUUCAUAACCUCAAAGAGAUGCUCAUUGGUCUGUUACGUUGUAUUUCACCUAUCACUAGUGAAAUCUACAACAUAGAUGAGGCUCAGAUAGCUGAGCAAUUAAGCACAAGUUUGAUGGGCCACAAGUAUUCAAUUUUCUUAGAUGACAUAUGGACCACUGCUGCAUGGGAUGCCAUCAAAGGAUAUUUUCCAGAGAAUUUUAAUGGAAGCCGAAUCUUAGUAACUACUCGGUUCAAAGAGGUUUCUGAAUACUUAAGUACCAAUCCCUACCAAGUGAAGUAUCAAACUUUUCCGGAUUGUUGGGAAUUAUUUGCAAGGAAAGUGUUUGGGAAAAUCCAAUGUGUUCCCCAUGAGUAUGAGGAAAUUGGGCAACGCAUUGUUCUUCAUUGUGGUGGAUUACCCCUAGUAGUUGUUUUAGUUUCCGGACUUUUGGUGACAGUAAAAGGGUCUCUAGAAAUAUGGAGAGAUGUUGCGAAAACUGUGUAUGCAAUAGAUGUUAGUUAUGAAAAUAACAAAAGAAUUUUAGAAAUAGUUUCAUUAAGCUACAAGUACUUACCCGACAUUUGA